AUGACAGGAUCGUCCGCGGCAAUCAAUUCGCACCCUACUGUAAAGAUCCCCCCCAAUUUUCCACUUACCCCUGACAUAGCAAGCUUUCUUUCCCAAUUCGAAGUUCGUCGGCCUGAGGCCACAACACAACGCAGGACUAGAUCGACGGCGUCAACGCAACAACUCUAUCCUCCAGAGUGGGUGGUGGAUAUCUCAGUGGUACGCAAAGAGCUUAAGCAGUUCUACGACACUCACAAAUCAUCCGAACUUGUCAUUCAACGGCUGGGGCCGCCGAAACACAAAGAGUCGAAAACAGCCCGCCAAGCUAGUCCGCCGCAGGGAGCAUCCGCGACGCAAGAAAUCACGUCACCAAGGCGUGUCGCCGACAGGCCGAUCACCGCCAGUUCCAGUGCAAGGCUUAGAGCAGGCACUCAUCCUCCACUACUACCGUCCUUGAAAGAAAUGGCACCUAACGAGCCGGAAGGUGGCGGCCAGUCUUCGACUGUCCAGGCUUCCGCUGACCAACGACAACCAGCCGACCAACACGACAAUAGAGGACCUCAACCACAGGACAGAUAUCGGUCACGAAGUCGUCCGUCUCGAUCAAGGAGUCGAUGUACACGUCCCAAUUCAUCCGAGUCAAUCGAAAGGUUUGGACCGAGAGACCUAAGACCAGUGAAAUCCCAGGACGACGUUCGCCGUCGGGGAAAACACGUCAAAGCCAAGAAGGCGAGCCACGCGGCUGUAGAUGAAUCUGACAAGGGAGCCCGUCUUUGGGGCUCCGACAAAGACAACGACGUCUAUGCCGGUCCGGUGGAGGUCAUCAAUUCGGUCGCCGUAACAGAUGAUUCUGCACAGCUUGAAAGAAUGACACUGGCAAAUAACAGUGACACUGAUACCGAGGGGGAAGUUGACCCGGAUGAUCAAAUGAUCGCCGAAGGACGUGUAAAGGACGAGGCUCUACUUGCGCAAAAUGGGUUUGAUCCUAUCUUUAUAGAAGGAAAAUACCCGGGAGAAAUUCCCGAAGAGAUCGCUGAUUAUCUGCCAGAGGACCGCACCAAACCAUCCUGGCAGAUGGUAGGAUCAAACAGAAGCAUCUUCUGGAUUUUCGGGUACAAUGAUAUCGUCGAUGUUAUCGACGAUCCCGCCUGCCUCCUCGACGACGAAAUAGUCGGCGUGCCCAAUGGAGUUCACCCGGCGUCUUUCCUGUUUGCCCGCUAUGCCAACGAGGAUAAGCUACCCCGCCCCGUUCUUCACAAGUACUUUGACGGCAGGGCCCCUGCCCCUACCCCUACCACGCCUUUCGUCAUACCAGCCUUUGAUAUACCGCCUCUGGUCUCCGAUGAACCAACCAACCACCAAUUGCGGAACCUAUACCCUCUUGGCCGAACCCACGACUUUCCAAGUCACCUUCUUUGCCUACGUGUGAAGUCCAAGAAAAAGCUGGAAAAGACUCGUGAUAUGGUCCAGGAAAAGUUGCGUGGCGCCUUCGAUUUUGAAAAAGAUGAUCUUUGGUUCCGAGGAAUGAACCUGAAGUCGCUGAUGCUGUCAAUGUCAUUCUUUGUUCCGGUCAUAUCGACUUCAAAUUCCGACAACGAGUUCGGCCCUGGAAUUUACGCCACCAAUGACUUCCUCGAAGGAGCCAAAUAUGCCCAACCCCAAGGAGCUGUCAUGAUCUUCAAGAAUCCCGACUUCAGAGACCUUUCGGUGUGGGAGCCGGACAAAGACGAAUGGAACAAUCUGACGGCGACAUGGCUUAAUAUCCACAAAAGAAAUCUUACAAUAUCUGAUUCUCACAAUGAUGCCGACGUUAUCAAAGGGCCGAUUUCGUCGGACCAACACGAAGCCCGGAAGCGUGGCUUUUAUCCAUCGCAGAGCGGAAUCCCCCAAAUUACUUGCAUUAGCUACGAUAGCUGCAGGGCCCUCGCCAAGUCGUUGGUCGCAAUUAUCUAUUUUCACCAAUAA